AUGCACCUUUUGCGUGUUUCCCUCGCCUCCGUGGCCUUCCUCGCCCUCCAAGCUGCCGCACAGAUUGGAGAGUACGAUCCCAUCUACAGCGACUAUGACUACUGCCAGGGCAUCACAUCAGACUCCAAGACCUACAAGCCCAUCCUCGGGGCAACGUUGAAGAAGGUGCAGCUAUUUAUGCGCCACGGUGACAGAGUUCCAAGCAUGGUCUUCCCCGGCGACGACGCCGACUACAACUUGUGCGGAAACGCCACGGAGAGUCAUUAUUCUGGCGGCGACACGCUCUCAAGAACCCCCACAGUCCAGUCGAAGAUCAUAGAUCCCCAGGACAGCCCAUAUCACAAGCUAUUGUGGAAGGGCAACUGCGAUGUUGGCCAGCUGACUAACAGGGGUAAGCAGCAAACUCACAACGUCGGCAAGAGCAUUCGCUCGAUCUAUGUCGACAUGCUCAAGUUCCUCCCCAAGUUCUUGAACACCGAUCUCAUCUACGUCCGCAACACCCACGCCGUCCGCACCCGCGAGUCUGCCGAGCACAUGUUAAACGGUCUUUAUCCUUCCCUCUUCCGCGCCCCCGGAUCCGUUAUUGAGAUGAACGCCUACCCUGAGGCUGUCGAGAACAUUGUCCUCAGCAGCAAAAACCUUUGCCCAGCACUCCCCUCCAUCUUUAAGCCCUUUGCGUCCACACCUACCUUCCUCAACUUCUUCAAGUCCAACUACGCCCUGAUGGCCAAGACCAACAACAUCCUCGGUAUCGCCAACAACCCUCAGUACAACAACUCGCUAAACGGAGACUUCUUCAUUUCGCGUCUUUGCAACAACAUGCCUCUCCCUUGCUCGCGCACCAACGCUUCAGACUGCAUCACCUCCACUGAGGCGACCAAAGCCAUUGCUGGAACCUGGGUCAUGGCUUACGGGCCCAUGCGUUGGGGACCUCAGGCCGAAAAGGUCAAACGUAUCUCCGGUGGAAUGUUUGUCGGUACUAUCCCCAAGAACAUCCGCGCCACAUUGAACGGCGACCCCUCCUCGCGUCCCUUUGAGUUCUACUCCGUCCACGAUCAGUCUAUCGACCAAAUCAUGGCCAUAAUCAGCGCGCCAAACACGCCUUGGCCAGGGUACUCGGCUACACUUGGCCUCGAAACAUGGGAGUUGGCAGACAAGUCGCAUGUUGUCCGCGCAAUCUACGAGGGUAAGAUGGUAAAGGCACAUGCUGACCUCAAGUGCUCCUUGGAGGCGUGCCCCCUGGACACGUUUGCCACCUUUCUCGAGCGCUAUGUUCCUUCUGAUGCACAAGCUGAGUGUGCGGUUUAA